AUGAUGACUACAGUCACCGCUCAGAUCGCUGAUAAUCUAUGUACCAAUAUGAUUUUAGGCAUGGAUUAUAUAAAUCAGUAUAAUCUCAGUUUUAAUGUAGCUCGUCAAACUAUAUCUAUUGAGUACGAUAGUCAAAUAGCUACUAUACGUAUGGAUACAGAACACACAGUGAGCAAUGAUAACCGUCUCGGCUAUAUCAAUUGUGGCGACACAUCUUGUUUCUUUCCUAUCAUCUUUCCCACUACUUCAAUAUCAUUCGAUGCUAUCAGUAUUCCUGAUACACGCACAGAUUCGUUGUGUUAUCCGCCCAAUGUAUCAGCUGAUUCUUCUUCUCAUGGUUCGACCAUAUCAUUUGCUCCGUACCAUCAUUCUUUUCCUUCUACUCAAUCCUUCACCUGUAAUGCAAUUAAUGCACUACCCGAGUCGGUAGUAAAGUCUAUUGAUCAGUUGGUCCAAUCGAUCGAUGAUCCAUCCGGUCGAGACCAAUUAUAUCGAUUACUUAUUAAGUUUUCAUCAUCUUUUGACGUUCGUACACAUAACAUUGCUAAUACAUCUAUUCAUCAUGUUAUACAUACAGUUCCGCACUCUCCACCCGCUUGUAAACCUUACCCACAACCUGAUAAAGAUCACACCCUGUAUGAUUUAAUACAGGAAUUUUUACAGGCAGGUCUGAUCUCUGAAUCUCAUUCUCCCUAUGCUGCACCUGCCAUGCUUGUUAAAAAGAAAGAUGGAACCCAUCGAUUUGUGGUUGAUUACAAGCGAUUGAAUUUAGUUACAAUUAAGGAUUCUUCACCUUUACCUAAUAUGGAAGAAACGCUUCGUCGGUUAGGUACUGGUUAUCGCUAUUUCUCUAAAUUGGACCUAAAAUCCGGAUUUUAUCAAAUUCCGAUACGUGACGAGGAUAAAGCCAAAACCGCAUUUGUUACGUCCUUCGGUUUAUUCCAGUAUAAUGUUCUACCUAUGGGUCUGAAGAACUCGCCACCCACCUUUCAAAAGGUCAUGACUGAUACAUUGAAAUCCUGUCGUUCCUUUUCCUCUGUAUAUCUUGAUGAUAUCAUUAUUUUUUCUAAGUCUUUUGAAGAACAUUUAGCGCAUUUAGAAAGAGUUCUUAUUGCCUUACAAGCUAAGAAUUUAGUUCUUAACCCUCCUAAAUGUGUUUUCGCUGCUCAAGAAAUUGAUUACCUCGGACACACGGUUAGUCAAUAUGGUCUCAAACCUCUGCAAGAACGCAUUGAUACUAUUUUAGCACUUAAAGAACCUAAAACUCUUGCACAGGCUAAUAAGUUUAUCGGCUCUUUGAGCUGGUAUAGGAAGUUUAUUCCUGAUUUUGCUACCGUUGCCGCUCCUAUACACGCAGUAACUAAUCUUACUAAAACAAAUCGUCAUAAGUUUCACUGGAGAUAUGCACAAUCACAGGCAUUCACAACUCUGAAACAGAUGCUCGUUAGCACGCCACUUUUUCUUCAUUUUCCGGUUGAUGACGUUCCUGUAAUGUUGACAACUGAUGCUAGUAAUAUUGGUAUAGGUGGAGUACUACAACAGGAAAUAAAUGGUGAGAUCCGUAAUUUGUAUUACCAUUCUCAACUGAUGACUACAUGCGAACGUAAAUAUAGCACUAUAGAGAAAGAAGCACUGGCUAUAUACAAAUGUUUCGCCCGAAUGCGUACAUUUUUGUUAGGUCGCAGCAUCAUUUUACGUACUGAUCAUUGUCCUCUUUGUCAUCUCAUGGAAAAAUCAGUACAUAAUGCACGUGUCGAACGUAUUACUCAUCUUCUUCAGGAAUAUAAUAUCGAUCAAGUCAUACACAUCAAAGGCAGCGAGAACUGCCUUCCUGAUUUUCUUUCUCGCUAUUCUCCUGAUCCACAUGAUGAACUUUUCGAGAUCGAAUAUGGAUUAGCCAGUAAACAAGGUCUCCUUGCUGCCAUGACACUUCGAUCACACACUAACAAGAAUAGGUUGACCUCUGAUACGCAGACAAUCGAUAGGGAUCAUGUCAGCGAAAGCGAUCCAGAUCAAAUUGUUUCUCCGCCAGUGUCACCUAAACACUUUUCCACUAAUUAUUUCGAUAUCAGUCAGCUACAGGCAGAACAAAGAACUGAUCCUGCUAUACAGACUAUUGUACGUCAACUUUCUGAUGGUGUACCGAAUCUAGAUUUUGUAUUUAAGGAUGACCUUCUCUAUAAGAUGAUCAAACCUUCGCGACAUUCUAAACGUAAAAUAGCAGUUGUCUAUUUACCUUUGUCUAUGGAACCAUUCUUAAUUCGAGCGUGUCACGAUGAUCCUAUGAUAGGCGCACAUUUUUCGUUUGAACGCACCUAUCGGAAGAUUAAAAACCUUUACUGGUGGCCGUCUAUGAAAUCUGCUAUUAGACGAUACAUACAGUCUUGUCUAUUAUGUAAACAGCAUAAUAUUAGCCGCCUUAAGAAACCUGGUCAUCUACAUUCCCUUAAUCCACCUGAGGGUCCCUUUCUGAUGAUCGGUANAUGUUCGAUGACCUGA